UGCCAUAACUGUUGUGUGUUUCGAACUUCUGUCAAGUGAAGUCGAUCGUCCAAAUCGAUGGACAACAUUGUAAUUGUUUCAUGUUUUAUGUCACAGCCAACCUUUUUACCAAAUUAUCGGCAACACAAAAGCGAACAAGUAAGGAUUACAUUCCACCUUCAUGAUGAUUAUUUAAUAUAGUCGACUCGACGCAGAGAAAUAUAAUUUAUCAGUAGUAGUCACAGGUGACUCUUACUUGCCUGGAUGAAACUGCUUUCUGAAAAUAUCUAGUGACCAAUGGAGAAAAGCUGAUUAUACUUAAUGAGACUAUGGCAUGCAAGGCACGGUACAUGGAGGCAUUGUGCCGGAGGGACACAACCAAAACUUUGUUCUUGUGUGUCAUUAUCAUCACCGUGAUGCAUUUCAUCAUCAAGUUCGAGCAGAUACACGAACAUGGUGACUACAAGAGUCUGGAUCUGCCUUUGACUGAUACAGAGAUUUCGAACUAUCAACCACUGUACCUGAAGGAGUUUGAAAUAUUCCCUUCUAGUGGGGAAGUAAGGGUACCCAGAAUUAUACACCAGACUUGGAAAGAUACCAACAUUCCCAUGAAACUAACCAGUUGGGUACGGUCAUGGUUAAAAGUAAAUACUGAUUAUCAGUAUUAUCUUUGGACCGAUGAGAGUGCUAGGGAAUUGAUAAAAGAAAGACACCCUACUUUGUUGAAGACAUUUGAUAGCUACACUGAGGGCAUACGAAGGGCUGACGCCCUUAGAUAUGUUAUACUGUACGAGUUUGGAGGAGUGUACGCUGACAUGGAUGUUGAAAGUCUGCAGAAUCUGGACCCAAUGUUGCGAAAGUAUGCCUGCUUUGUUCCUCAGGAGCCCUACGAACAUCCAAUACUUUAUGGCAACUUUGAACAUCUUGUUAUCAAUGCGCUUAUGGGAUGCAGGCCAAGACAUCCCUUCAUGAAAAUGCUUAUUGACAAUUUGCCAUAUUUUUCUCAUAUGUGGAAUGUAUUGGACAGCACAGGUCCACAUUUUUUGACCAAUGUGUAUAGAAGGUAUACGGAUGAAACACAUUUAGAACCCAUCAAUGAUAAUGGCGUAUAUCUUGCCCCUGCAGAAUAUUUUUUUCCCACUAUCGACCCCUCAAAACAUUUUUGGUUUAGAAUACAGUGCUCAAAUUUUAACAAAUUGACUGACAUACAGAAACAAGCUUGUGUUACACUUAAGCGAGUGGGUGGUAAGAGAAAGCCACUGAAUGUGUCAUUUACAGAGCAUCAUUGGAUACACACAUACUUGAACUUCCGUAUUUCACUGAAAGGACCAGUGGAUAUUCACAAGAUAGUUCCUAGUGUUAAGAUAUAUAAAAGAAACAGCUCAAUGUAGGUUUAACUUACCUGUAGUGUGCUCCCUUGAUUUUGAAAUGUGAAGGUGUUCUUAAUUUAUUCUUUAUUGACCAUCUACUUAUAUUAUGACUUGCAUUUUUAGGUAAUGUUCUUAAUCUGACAAGUAUCAAUUACCUCUGAACAAUCUUUUUUAGGUUUUUAAUCUAUCCUAUUUACACCUCAACUUCCAUUUUUUAAAUGAACAUUUCUGAAGAACGCAACAUCUUUGGAUAUGUUCUGAUUGUAAAUCACAGACAAUAGGUCCGUGCACAUAUUAAUAUAAAUUGAUUUCUAGCUCGACUAUUUGAAGAAUAAGGAGAGUUAUACUACUCACCCAAACAUAGACGUCAGCGUCACACCUUGGUUAAGGUCUUGCAUGUAAGCACCUUAGGUCAUUAUCUCAGCAAAUUGUAUUGCAUUGAAACUUUAGAUAUGUAUUCCCAACUAUCCAACCUACUUAAUUAAUAAGUUAGAUAACACUUAUUUGAAUAUAAUGCAAAUAAUGGGCCUUUAUUAUUUGACUUAGAAAUUCUGGUUAUGGUUUUGCAUGUAAGCAUACAUAAGUUAAUAUAUCAUCAACUACUUGAUGUAUUGCAUCAAGACUUUAUACAAUGGAACUCAAAUUAGAUAACUCUAUUUUGCAUAAAAUGCUAAUCAUGGCCCUUUAUUUUUCAAUUUAUAAAUUCCAAAUUUCUGAUUCUAUAUUUAUAAAACUUGAAUCAAAACGUUUUCCUUGAUAUAAUCAAUGACUAGUUUGAAACUUGGUCACAUGAGGUCAGAAACUAGGUCACUAUGUCGAAUAUUUCAAAAAACAUGUCUGAAACCAAAUAUUGGUAUUGAUUGGUCUUUGUUCAAACUGUGGUCAGAGUGUUCCUCUUGAUGUAUCUUGGUAGAUUUUAAAAGUGGGUUACAUGGGGUUCAAGCACUUGGUCGUUAGGUCAAAUUUUAAAGAAAACCAGUGAACAAAAAGGCAAUGUAUCCAAUCCAACCUUUAUUAAACUUAAUCAGAAAUUGCCUUGAUGAAAUCUUGGCUUAGUUUGAAAAAACUCAGUCAAAAACUAGGUCACUAGGUCAAAUCUUGAAAAACCUUGGGAAUACUCUAGAGGCUUUAUAUUUUGCAAUAUUACUUGUCCAAUCUGGCCUUGAUGAAAUAAUACUUUAAUAGUUUGAAACUGGGUAAUGUGGGGUCAAACUCAAGGUUACUGGGUCAAAUCUUAAUGCUACACUAUAUAUGAUAUUCUUUUAUUUCUAACAGUUGCAAAAAACUCAUUUCUCAUAUCCAAUGCUCAUUCGAGUCCAUCAUUCUGUUGUCGUAUUGCUUGGUUUGAUUGGAAUGUUUCACCAACACAUGAUUUUAAUGCAAUCUACUUUGCCUAAUCUACCAGGGAUAUCAAUUCAACGAAUUUGCUUAUUUUGUAUAUGUUCAUACUAACAACCUUGAACUUUUUUAGUGUUCAGCAUAAUAUUGUGUAAACUACCCACUUACUAUGUUUUUAUCUACCGCUUUACCUAAUUACAAUCAAGAAUGGCUGACUCUUGUUUUACUAAAAUACACUGUGUGAGAACGGACACCGGAUAUAGCUCAAAAAGUGAUAAAUCGAUAAGCGUUUGAUUUUGACACAUGGAAAGUUUUCUAUCAUGUUUUGUAUGUUAUGGUUAUAUAUUUAUCAAAAUCGAAGAGUUUCAAAUAACUUGACCCUGUGCAAUAUACGACUAUGAUGGAAAUGUGUGUCCUCUUUUGUAUAAUAGCCCAAUUCUCGCCGAAAGUUGCAUGAUCGCUCACAAAUGUUCAUUUUUGUGGUACGAUUUCAACAUAAAUCAACAUAUUGAAAAUAAGAAUAAAACUCGAGCGAUUUCAUUGUAAUUACAUUAUCUAGUAAUGUGUAAGAUAUCAAUAUGAUAUGAUUUGUUGUUACGGAGAUAUUAAUACCUUUUGAUGCCCUGGCAGUGUACUGGGGAUAGAUGAAGCAAAUAAAUAACUGCACAGGGGAUAGCUAUUAAGUGGACUGAGGAUAGUAACGAUGUAAUAAGAAUAACGAGACUAUAUAUAGUAUUGCUAUGUAAAUCAAGUAGGUACGUUUUUGCACACUGAAAGUCAUCAGUAAGGAAUGAGAUAUUUUGAUCAAAUUCGGAACAUGUGAAGCUUUUUUCUAAGCUUGGGUCGAUGUUGCUAUUACUGAGAACAGAAUAAUGGUCUCUACUCGUUCACUUCAGUGAGAAAGUAUGGAUUGUGACCAACCCUGAUAUUUAAGCAUCUUGCAUAUAUACGUUCAUUUAGGAGAGCAUGGAUCAAACUCAUUGUUAACUAAAGUUUGCUCAAUAAUUUCUCAUCAAAUUGUACUCUCACUUUUUGCAGAUUAUUUGAAAGUUCGAAAUAGACAUACAUGUUUAUUGUAUAUUAACAGUGUUACUAUCAAUUUUUGUCCCAUUUUACAUGUUAUCACCGGGACACAUUUCUCAACUUUGAAACUAUCCUCAGUACAUAAUACGGCUAUCCCCAGUACAGUACUGUGAACAUUUCUAAGGGCUUAUCUUUAACAGUUUAAAGGUUACAUUGCCAGUUGUUACAACAAACAUUUAGGAGAGCAUGGAUCAAACUCAUUGUUAACUAAAGUUUGCUCAAUAAUUUCUCAUCAUAUUGUACUCUCACUUUUUGCAGAUUAUUUGAAAGUUCGAAAUAGACAUACAUGUAUAUUGUAUAUUAACAGUGUUACUAUCAAUUUUUGUCCCAUUUUACAUGUUAUCACCAGGACACAUUUCUCAACUUUGUGAAAUUAUCCGCAGUACAUAAUACGGCUAUCCCCAGUACAGUACUGUGAACAUUUCUAAGGGCAUAUAUUUAACUUAUGCUUGUGAAAUCCUUCGAUUCAGAAUUUUUAUUUAUUUCCAUAUAUUUCCUAAAAAUAUCUAAACUUGUCGAAAUUCUGUAAGUUUUGAGGUGAUCAUCUCAGAUUUGAAGAAACAUUUUUCGAGGUCUGCUAAAUCAUAACCACUUUAAAGUAUACCAUAGGCCAAAUUUAGCAUUCAGCUAUUAGUUAAAACACUUGUUUCAUUUGUUGAUACGGUAGAUAAGCGUUAACAGUAUCCGGUGUCCGUUCCCACACAGUGAAAUAGAGGUUUUGGCAAAUUUGAAGUACACUGCCUUCCCAAUGAACAAAAUAUUAUGUUGACCACUAACUAUUUUUUAAGGUAAUAUGCGUUAACUUUAUUAACUGUUGUAAUUAGAUUUUUAUUUAUAUAAAUGAAGAAUGUAAGAUACAUUUUUAAGUAAUGUUAAAUUAGCUGCUGUCUCUCAGUGGUAUUACUUUUUUAUGACUGAUUGUUUUAGUCCUUAUGCACUGUUCAUUGUAAUAUAUGCAUUUGUUAAUAUAUUCAUUGUUGAAAACAGAAGAAAUUGUUGGUUUUAUUUUGUGUAAUGUUGUUUAAUACUAUGUGUAUGCUUACAAUUGUAUGCUUUUAUCUACAAAACAUUUUAACAUUUAUGCUUGAGAGACACUUUUAACUGUACUUGAAUAUAAACCGUUCUAUAACAAAAGCUGUUGUUAUAAUUAUGAAUGGACGUUUCUUUGCUUUGAAUGCCUAUAUGCCAAAAUAAAAAUAGCUAUUUGAAACUUUUA